AUGGAUGUGCCCCCCCCCUGCUCCGCUCUGGGUAUCCAGGGUUACUCUGGGGGUCUUGGCUCUGGGGACCCCACAGGGGUCUGGGGGUUCCCUGAGGUGUCAGGGUUACUCUGGGCGUCGUGGGGAGCGGGGGCAAAUCCUGGAGCUCUGGGGCAUUUCUGGGGUGUCCCAGGGUGGUUCAGAAGGGGUCUGGGGUCCCCUGGGGGGGCUCCCACGACAUCCCCCCAGGACCCGCAGGGCUGUGUCCGGCUGGAGCGGGUGAACGUGUCGCAGCUGCUGGAGAGCCUGGCGCAGCACCUGGGGGGGCUGCAAGGGAGACCCCCUCACUUCCCCGGCUGUGCCCGCUUGCGCUGCCACCCAGGCCCGGCGCUGACCAGCCCAGCCGUGCGGCACGAGGGGACCUUGGGGGCCAGGCGGGGACCCCCCAGCCCCGCUGGACACGGGCUGCUGCUGCUGGGGGCAGUUGGGGGGGCCCUGGGCCUGGUGGCGGUGGUCUGGGCACUGUACAGGAGACCCUGUGCCCAGGUGGGGACACUGGGGACACUGCAGGACGCUGGGGAGGGCAUGGGGGGCACUGGGGGUGCUGUUGGGGACACUGGGAGCACUGGUGGCUCUCUGGGGGCCGCUGGGAGCACUGGGGAGCACUGGGAGGUCGCUCCCCGCAGCCCCCCGCAGCCCUCACAGGGACCCCCGGCACUGGAGCAGGACGGCACCUGAGCGGCCCAGCGGUACCUGGGGACACACACGGGUACUGGGAGCGCUCCCGCGCACUGG